AUGGCACGAGGUGUAGCCCUGCUUUUUGGUGCUCUACUCUUCAAGUUUGUUGGACUUGUCCUCGUCUACGGUGUACCCGUACCCACCGGCGUCAUGCUACCUAGCAUUAUGGUGGGUUUCUCUCUCUUACGGAUCUAUGCACCAAAUAUUUUAGGUCUUAGGUUGCGAGAUACUACCUCUACUUCUCACUUUCUGCAUUUUCCAGAGGGCCGUGUCGCUUUUUUCCUUGGCAAUUUGAUGAUCGAUUGUGGCUUGUUGAUUGCGUGUUAA